AUGGAUUCACGUUCUGCAAUAGCCGACACAAUGAUGAUGGCAAUGUCGACCGCCAUAUCAGCCGUUCCACGUCGCAACUCCAGACGUCUGUCAGAUUUCUCAGACAUUGCUCAUCUCACUGUUUCAUUCACUGGGAUUCACCUCAAUGAAAAACAAAAGCAUUGGGUCGUGAAUGGAUUCCGUAAGUGGCGAGAAAAGAGUAAGGUGACAGCAGGUGAAUGGGUGCAUCAAUAUAUUCGCCAUAAAUAUUCAACAACACGUUUUGAGUUCGAAAAAAAUCACGAAAUGGUGAAGCAGUAUGAACGAACUAUCACAGAUAUUAUUGAAAUGGCCGUCGAAAGCGUUGAUUCAUUAGAUGAUUCGCUUGGUCCAUUAUUAGUGAGUUAUGCGGGCGAAAACGGUAUUCUUGAAGAGCGUGAAGGCUUCGGUCGGUUGUACUGGACUCGCGUCUCGGAAGGCCUUUGCCAGCUGGCGCGUCAGUUCCCGAUACGAACCCACAAGUGGGAUACGAUCUCGUCAUGGCGUAUCAUUAUACUGUUCAUAGUCAAAAAAAUCGAAUAUGGCUUUCAACUUGAGACGAAAUCGUUGGCAAGCGAACGAUCAUUCGACAACCCGUGCUACAGCAAAACGUGA